CCUCGUCGUCGUCGGAGGCGGCGGCGGCCAUGUCGUCGCCCGGGCGCCAGCCGGCGGCCGCCUCGCCGCCUCCGACGCAGCUGAUGGACCGGCGCUCGUCAUCGGGCGGCGCCGGGGCGGCGGAGGCCGACCCGGAGCGGAUCCCCGCGGCGGUGUUCGAGCGGGACGACCCGUCGGAGUCGAACAAGGACUGGAGCAUGAUGUCCACGGAGUCGGUGUUCGGGCUCCAGGUCGCGCCGUCCAGCGACUUCACCGGCUUCUUCCUGGCGCACCCGGAGCUCAUGGACAUCGCCACGCCGCCGCGAUCCAGCACGGUCGCCACGCCGCCGCGCACCAGCGCGGCCGACGACGCCGACGACGACGACGCCAAGGCCCCCGUCAUCUCGCCGCCCUUCGACAGCAUCCCGGAGCUCCCCGAUAACACCAUGAAGGGCAACUACUCCUUCGCCUUCCCAAACUUGAUAGAGGACCGGAGGAACUUCUCCAAGAAGGCGGCUCCGCAGGAGGAGGAGCAGCCAGCGGCAGCGGCGCCGACAUUGCCGGCUGAGGCGGCGCCAGCACCGGCACAAGAGGAAGCGCAGGCGCAGAGGCAGGCGAGCAGCAAACCGGAGGAAGCUCCGAAGCCGGCAUCAGGAAAGGGCGGCUUGUUCUCGUGCUUCCCCUGCUGCUGAUGAGCGAGCAGAAUCCAAUGUCCGAGCUGGAAUGGCACGACGUCGCCUAUGUAAAUGGUCACUUGGGAGCUGUUUUAGAGUCCGAUGGAGUGGCCUCACGUGUGUGCAGAAAUGCAGGGUGUAAGGGGCUAUGAUUUUCCUGGUACAAAAAAUGGAGUUGGGGCAGCAGAGGUUCAGGCAAGGGAGUAUAUAUGUCAAAAAUUCAGAGUGGCUAUACUGGCAAUGCAACGAUCUUUGUACGUACUAUGGCCUAUGGGGAGACUGAACAAUUCAAAGCCAUUUCCCACGUUUUUUAUAAUUUUCUGUACAGUCCAAUUCUGAAAGUAGACUUGUAAUUGAAGAGUAAAUGCUGCAAUUCAGAAUGCAAGUAUUGCAUACUUUUUGCA